AUGGGACCACGUCAAUCCCAUAAGGGCCAAGCUCAAGCUCAAGCGUCAGCUUCAGACGAUGAGGAGGUACAGCAAAGUUCACAGGAAGAUGCCACGGCAAUGAUUAUAGCUGCAAAGAACAUCGUCUCCAAGAACAAUGAACGCCGAGACAAGAAGCGAAAGGCAAUUGAAGCAGAGCAUGAGAAACGCGUCAAGGAUGUUAAAAGCAAAAUCGAUACUUUGUUCGCUACUAGGAAGAGUAGAGUCUCCAAGUCCCACCAAGCUGCGUGGGCAAGACUUGAUGCCUUGGACAAGAAACGCCAAAACAUCGAGAGUCUCAUCAUCGCCAGUAUGAUAUCCAUCGAGACCAACACCGUCCACCUUUCUGGUGAACUCGUUGCCAUGUUCGAUGGCCGCCUCGAGGAUAUGGAGGCCAAUUCCUCUCAACGUGACUGA